AUGACGAUUGAAGUAGAGUCAUUAUUCAAUGACCUUGGAGCGACUUAUGAAGCUGCCUUUGCAAACAAUGCCCCGCUUCGUGCGUUUGUUCAUCGCGCCGCCAAGGAGCUGUCACCCGGUAGUCGAAUUCUAGAUGUGGGCUGUGGUACCGGCAAGCCGGUGGCGGAUAUCCUGGCAAGUGCAGGCCAUGAAGUUCAUGGGAUCGACCUCUCCCCUGAGAUGGUGAAAAUUGCUCAAUCCCAAGUCCAGGGCACCUUUGAAGUAGCCAACAUGAAAGAUUUCCAUCCCUCCAAGCCCUACGAUGCUGUGUUCGCCAUUCUCUCUUUGUUUCAGCAUACCCCUGGGGAGGCAUAUUCCCUGGUUUUCAAAUUCUCAGAGUGGCUCAAGGUGGGUGGAUACUUGGCCAUUGCCGUGACGCCUAGCACCGGCCUGCUAUCGGAGACUUGCACAUAUGAUCCCACAUGGGAUUGUACGUGGAUGCUUAGGAAACCGUGGAUGGGCAAGUACACCAAGGAGAUAUUCUAUUCAGAGGAUGGAUGGCUUCGACUGCUGCGAAGCGCCGGAUUUGUCAUUGCAGCUGAACCCGCCAAUGAUCUCUUCUUCCCCGCUGGUACCCAAUAUACAGCCCCCGAAGCGUAUUAUUAUGUCCUCGCGAGAAAGGUCGAAGCCCAGCCAUUGCUGGGGCCAUAUCCACUUCCCACUUCUCCAAUGCCCGUCACUCCGGUUGACCGUGUGGAUAUAUUCACCGAUCGUCUGGUGAGCAAGGAUCUUGAAGUGCUGUUUGAAAAGCUUGCAGAAGGACAGAACGUGCUUGCUCUCGGGCAACAACAUGAUCUGAGCCGGUAUACACGGCACAACGAAGUCCAGCAUUUCCCAGGGCCUGCCGAAGAUCUUCCAUACCCAUCGGAGACCUUUCAGGUCGUCUUAGCUCCUUGGAUACUUGACCACACCAUGGAUCUUGGGAAGGCUAUCCAGGAAAUGGUCCGUGUGGCGCGCCGGAAGGCUUCCAAGAUUGUUAUCCUUCAAGGGGCUCCCGGUAAUGAGGCAGUGAUGCACCUGAAUGCUGUGACGCGCUCACACCGAAUCGACCAUCAAGGUCACAUCCUGCAGGCGGCAGUGCAACGCUUGGAAAAACGGGGGUUUCGAGAUAUAUCCCUGCGCCGAAUCCGUGCACACUAUGAGUUUCCGGAGGAAGAUUUGUCCACGCGGUGCAUGAUUGCGGCGGAGCUAUUGGUGAAUAUGUGGCACAAGCAACAUCCCCGUUACGAGGUGAUCAAGCAGUCUCUAGCAUCGCGGCUAAAACUUCAUUUCCAGGGCCAUGCUCACUCUGUCGGAAAUGAUAUGGUCGCCUUGGUUGCGAGCUCUCCGAGCGAUGACAUACAUUGA